GGGUGCAUUUGGAAGUUUCUCGGCAGUUUCUGGACGUCAUUGAGUUUGCUCAAUCCGCUCUUCGUACAAGUUGAGCACGUUGCAUGCAGAUUAUCUAAAAUCAUGUCCAUACAAUAAUUCCCUAUGAUCAUACGUUUCCUUCUAAUUUUGCUACAACCUGGCUAACACCGCGUCUUAUGAUGUCGUCCGAAACUAAAGAAACUGAUCAUUCUCACGUACUGGCAGCAAAAACACGACGACUCGAUAUCGUCAUUGUCGGUGGCUCUUUGGGUGGCCUCAGCACUGGCAUCGCUCUGCGGGAUUUAGGACACAACGUCACGAUCCUCGAGCGCAACCCCACCGAGCUCCUUCACAACCAAGGUGCGGGCAUUGUCACAGGUGGUGACACACUUGCAUUCUUCAAGCGCUAUGACAGAUGUGGUCGACAGAUCGCCAUCUCGUCACAACGACGACAAUAUCUGGACAAAGAUGGCGCGAUGGUGCAUAAGGAGGAUAUGGUGCAGAACAUGACGAGCUGGGAUCUCGUUUACUACAUUCUCAGGGCGAAUUUCGACGGCGUACGCAGCGAGUAUUGCGAUGUGCCGGCACCAAAGGCCAGUCACGGCAAGGUCAAACAUCUCCAUGGUCACAGAGUCACAGGACUUGCGGAGCGAGACGAUAAAGUCGAAGUAUCGUUCGUGACAGUGGAAGGGAAAGAGGGUGUCAUAUCAGCUGACUUUGUCGUGGGAGCGGACGGUCCAAGUUCCACAGUCAGGAGCCUUUUCGAACCAGACGUUGAACGCACGUACGCGGGCUACGUUGCUCUCCGAGGCACUGUACCAGAGGAGGACGUGUCACAUCAAGCUCGGGAAGCAUUCAGUGAGCGAUUUACCUUCUUCCAUGCGAAGGGGAUACAGAUUCUCGCAUAUCUCAUACCGGGUCAGAAUGGGACCAUGGAGACUGGGAGACGGCUUAUCAAUUUUGUCUAUUACACCAACUUCCCCUCGAAAAGUCUCGACGAGCCAUCACCAGACCUUGCGGAGUUGAUGACGGACGUGGAUGGACAAAGACAUCGCAUCACGAUGCCUCCAGGGAAGACUAAUCCAAAAGCAUGGGAGAAACAACGUCAGAUCGCCCAGGAGAAAUUGCCACCACAGUUCGCGGAAAUCGUAUGUGCAACGAAGAAGCCAUUCGUACAAGCCAUCACGGACGUCAAAUCGCACAGAAAUGAAUUUCUCAAUGGCAAGGUCGUUCUCAUUGGCGAUGCACUUGCAGGUUUCAGACCGCACACAGUGGCGAGUACGAGUCAAGCCUGCUUUGAUGCCAUGAUCCUAGCAGACAUGAUUGGGGGUAAAGUGUCACGGAAGGAAUGGAAGAGGGAAACGAUGGCUUAUGCCUCAGUGAUACAAAAACGAGGUGUUGAUAUGGGCCGUCGCAGUCAAUUCGAGGAUCUACCCCUCAGCGAGCAUAUCCAGGAUCGGAAUCUUGCUUCUAGGCCUAGGGAGGAGGAGGUUUGGCCUGAGUGGGCACUUGAGGAUGUUUGAAGGGUCGCAGUAGUGCUACACAGCUGUACAUCAGCAAGGUCUUGAGACUGUUGACUGACUACGAUGCCCUUGACCAUCCAACUUUUGAGGCUUUGAGGCUGCCAACUGGUUUCUCUUACAAUCCACUCUCGAAGAGCUGAUCCAGGCGAGUAUAAACGAUAGUAGGAAGCUAGCUCGAGCUCACCAUUGGUGACAUAUCAUAU